GCCAGAAGAGAGAGGAGAAGCCAGAGGGAGAGAGGGGGAGAGGGGAUCUGUUGCAGGCAGGGAAAGGCGUGACCUGAAUGGAGAAUGCCAGCCAAUUCCAGAGACACACAGGGACCUCAGAACAAAGAUAAGGCAUCGCUGACACCACACCGGGGACGCGCUCGCAGACAAGGCAGGCCCAGGGAACGAACGGCGGGUGGCCAGGGGCAUCCAGGGCAGGAAAAUGAGGUGGUUCCUUCUUUAUCAUGCUCUGUGCUUCUGCCUGGUGAAGGCUUCAGCCCACACUGUGGAGCUAAACAAUAUGUUUGGCCAGCUCCACUCACCUGGCUAUCCAGACUCCUAUCCAAGUGAUUCGGAGGUGACUUGGAAUAUCACUGUCCCAGAGGGAUUUCGGAUCAAGCUUUACUUCAUGCACUUCGACUUGGAAUCCUCCUACCUUUGUGAAUAUGACUAUGUGAAGGUGGAAACUGAAGACCAGGUGCUGGCAACCUUCUGUGGCAGGGAGACCACAGACACAGAGCAGACCCCAGGCCAAGAAGUGGUCCACUCCCCUGGCUCCUUCAUGUCCAUCACUUUCCGAUCAGAUUUCUCCAAUGAGGAACGAUUCACAGGCUUUGAUGCUCACUACAUGGCCGUGGAUGUGGACGAGUGCACGGAGCGGGAGGACGAGGAGCUGUCCUGUGACCAUUACUGCCAUAACUACAUCGGUGGUUACUACUGCUCCUGCCGCUUUGGCUACCUCCUCCACACGGACAACAGGACCUGCCGAGUGGAAUGCAGUGACAACCUCUUUACCCAGAGGACCGGCGUGAUCACCAGCCCCGACUUCCCCAACCCUUACCCCAAGAGCUCCGAAUGCUUCUACACAAUCGAGCUGGAGGAGGGUUUCAUGGUCAGCCUGCAGUUUGAGGACAUUUUCGACAUUGAGGACCAUCCCGAGGUGCCCUGCCCCUAUGACUACAUCAAGAUUAAAGCUGGUCCAAAAGCUCUGGGACCCUUCUGUGGAGAGAAAGCCCCAGAACCCAUCAUAACUCAGAGCCACAGCAUCCAGAUCCUCUUCCACAGCGACAACUCGGGCGAGAACCGGGGCUGGAGGCUCUUGUACAAGGCAGCAGGGAAGGAAUGCCCAGACCUGAAGCUUCUCGUCCAUGGGAAAAUUGAGCCCUUGCAAGCCAAGUAUUCCUUCAAAGACCAAGUGCUCGUCAGCUGUGACACAGGCUACAAAGUGUUGAAGGAUAAUGUGGAAAUGGACACAUUCCAGAUUGAGUGUCUGAAGGAUGGGACAUGGAGUAACAAGCUUCCCACUUGUAAAAUUGUAGACUGCAGGGUCCCAGCAGAGCUGGAACACGGGAUGGUCAUCUUUCCCACCAGGAACAACCUCACUACAUACGGUUCUGAGAUCCGAUACUCCUGCCAGCAGCCCUAUUAUAAGAUGCUCCACAAUAUCUCUGGUAUAUACACCUGUUCUGCCCAAGGGGUCUGGAUGAACGAAGUACUGGGGAGAAGCCUGCCCGCUUGCCUACCAGUGUGUGGUCAGCCUUCCCGCUCCCUGCCAAACCUGGUCAAGAGGAUCAUCGGGGGCCGGAAUGCUGAGCCCGGCCUCUUCCCGUGGCAGGCCCUGAUAGUGGUGGAGGACACCUCCAGGGUGCCAAAUGACAAGUGGUUUGGGAGUGGGGCCCUGCUCUCUGAGUCCUGGAUCCUCACGGCAGCCCACGUGCUACGCUCCCAGCGCAGAGACAACACUGUGACCCCAGUCUCCAAGGAGCACGUCACCGUCUACCUGGGCCUGCACGACGUGCGGGACAAAUCAGGGGCCGUCAACAGCUCAGCUGCCCGUGUGGUGCUCCACCCAGACUUCAACAUCCAGAACUACAACCACGACAUAGCUCUGGUACAGCUGCGGGACCCUGUGCCCCUGGGACCCCACGUCAUGCCCGUCUGCCUGCCGAGUCCUGAGCUGGAUGGCCCAGCCCCCCACAUGCUGGGCCUGGUGGCCGGCUGGGGCAUCUCCAAUCCCAAUGUGACGGUGGAUGAGAUCAUCAGCAGCGGCACACGGACUUUGUCAGAUGUCCUGCAAUAUGUCAAGUUACCUGUGGUGCCACAUGCCGAGUGCAAAACUAGCUAUGAAUCCCGCUCAGGCAACUACAGCGUCACGGAGAACAUGUUCUGUGCUGGUUACUAUGAGGGUGGCAAGGACACAUGCCUAGGAGAUAGUGGUGGAGCCUUUGUCAUCCUUGAUGACUUAAGCCAGCGCUGGGUGGCCCAGGGCCUUGUAUCCUGGGGAGGCCCUGAAGAAUGUGGCAGCAAGCAGGUCUAUGGGGUCUACACGAAGGUCUCUAACUACGUGGACUGGGUGUGGGAGCAGAUGGGCGCCUCACAAGGUCUCGGGGAGCUCCAGGUAGAACGGUGAGCUGACGCAGUCUUCAGGGCCUGCCUACCCUGCCCCAACUCGAGUCAGGUUAUACCACACACUUCCAACAGCACACUCCUUGUUAUUCACCAGGCCAAACGGAACAGAACAAACUGACGCAGCUGGGCUUCCAACCCCGAGACAGCCCACAGGACUCCUGAGAGGCGUGUGGACGGGACAAGAGACCAGAGUCUAUGACCUGAACAAGUCCCUUGCCCUCUCUGGACCUCCCUCCCUGCACCAAUGCAAUGAAGGACUGAGACCAGAGACCUCUGGGUCAAUCCCAGCACCCUUCUCCAGGCCAGGUUUUACUCCAGGGGCCUUUAGUCGCUCCUGAUCAUUUCUCAAGCCCCUUGGUACCACUAUUGGUAUAACUGAGGCUUGGACCUGAUUAUUAGAAAAUGUUUCCACACAUUGAGCUAAAUUCUGCCUCAAUAUGGUUUCCCAGCUCUGCCCUCUGAAGCUAUUCCAAUUCAAGUCCAUCUUCCAGGUUUAAUGCCUUGGAGCAGUUCUGGCCCCAGGUUUCUCUACCAAAGGCUUUUUGCAGCCCAAUGCUUAACCUUUAUGUCCAUGGUUAAAGGCGUUUCAAAGGACAAAGAGAAAGCUGAGAAGGUCUGUGGUGACUGAGAGAAGGGGAACAUUAGUCGGAGGCUUCCCAGCCCCCUUAAUUCCUGCUGUCAACUCAGAGCAUGCCAUUCGGCCCCAUAUGUCAUUCUCAGAUACCAGCUGGCAACACUUGGAAUAAACACCUGCUGUCUCAGACAAACAUGAAGCAACCUUCCAGCCUUGAAAUGUAUUAUUUGCAAAGGCAGCCCAGACCCCAACACCAGGCGUGGGCACUCAGCAGAAAUGCUUAGAAAUGAAGAAGAACCACGCUGUGCACAGCUGUGCUUCUGGGCAGAAAAACAGAAGGCAGGGUUGACUCAAAACAUUAGAAGUCACCGGAAUCCCACCAGGCUGCCCAGAAUCCUGCUGCCAGAGUGCUACAGAGAAUCCACCCUGCAUGGGUGUUCAAAGGAAUUCACUCCUCUGUGUCAAGAGCUGGAGGUCAAGGGAAGCAGGGAUUCACCCUUGAAAGGCAGUGAAAAGAGACAGAGGCAGGAGUCCUGGGUUCUAGCUCCAGCUCUGCCCUCAACCGGCUGUAUAAACUUUGACUAAUCACUUUACCUCCCUGGGCCUCAGUUUCCCCACCUGCAAAAGGGAGACAUUAGAUCCCCCUCAGUAUCCUUCCAGCUCCAUCACUCAGUAUUUCCCUUGUUACCAGGAGCCUCUCCUUGGCCCUCAUAGAACCAAUUUUUCUCCUACCAGAGCUCUCUCUCCUGGGAAUACUUCAUCAGAGAAAGGACUCAAGUGAGAAGCCCCUGAGGACAGAAUCUGAAAGAACAAUUGGGAAGUGUGUAUUUUUCCAAUAGGUUCAUCAAAGCACAUUCCAGUGUAUGAACUGCACAUGUAGAGGAUGCUAUAUUUUGUGUAUUUUAUAUCACAUGCUUUACUACUCUGUAAGGUGCUUCUGUACUGUUUCUCCUAUGAGGGGUUUAAAGUGGAAAUAAACCGUCUGUGGAUAACUAA